UGUAUGGUGUAUCGUUCGUGAUUCGUCCGCAAACGCCGCGCCAUUCGUUGUUCAGUCACCUGUUGCUCAUCGGCGUCCGUUACUUUAUGUGUAUCAGUGUUGCGUUCCAGACGUUCGCGCCGUUUAAUAUUUAUUAAAAAAAAUAAACACCGUUACUAUAUUUUAAUACUUCGUGGUGUUACUAUUUUUUUUUUUUAUUACGAAAACGUUUUUGUCCUAUCGUGGAAAUUUAUUCGGUUUUAUACUCUCGACGUACGCAUUACUGGUGAACGACUUGCAACAUGAUUGACAUUUUUGGACCCAUAAAGACAUUGCUGAAAUUCGACAAUGUUUGUAUCGACAACAUUGUCUUUCGAUUGCAUUACAGGGCGACCGUUCUUAUUCUAUUAGCGUGCUCGAUUCUCAUAACAUCCCGACAGUACUUUGGCGAUCCGAUUGAUUGCAUGGUCGAAGGUAUACCAAUGAACAUCAUGGACACAUACUGUUGGAUAUACUCGACCUUCACCAUACCAAAUUGGAACAAGGAAAAAAUCGGCAAGGACGUGCACCCGGGUGUUUCAGCUUAUAACGAAGAUACUGAUACAGUCAAGUACCAUAAAUAUUAUCAGUGGGUUUGUUUUGUGUUGUUCUUCCAAGCUAUGUUCUUCUACGCACCCAGGUAUUUGUGGAAGUUAUGGGAAGCUGGUCGUAUGAGGUCACUGAUCAUGGAUCUCAAUUGUUCAAUCGUCUUUGAUCCUGAGCAUAAAGAAUUAUUAAUAAACUACUUUGUCAAAAACCUACAUUUACAAAAUUUUUAUGCUAUCCGGUUUUUCCUCUGUGAGUUCCUUAAUUUGUGCAACAUCCUACUCCAGAUGUAUUUUAUAAAUUACUUUCUUGAAGGUGAGUUUAAAAUGUAUGGUUAUAAUAUAUUAACAAUGAAUGAAACGAAACCGGAAGAUCGUACGGAUGUAAUGAAUCGAAUAUUUCCUAUAGUCACCAAAUGUACAUUCAACAAAUUCGGUCCAACUGGCACUAUUCAGAAGUUUGACGGUAUGUGCGUGUUGCCACUAAAUGUUCUGAACGAAAAAAUUUUUGCGUUCCUGUGGUUUUGGUUCUGGUUUAUUGCCAUAAUUAGUGUAUUAAGCAUUGUUUAUCGUACACUUACUAUUGUGAACCCCGUCUUACGUUUAAUUUUAUUGAGAUUAAAAACUAAUAACUCUUCUUAUAAGGAAUUAAAAUCUUUAACUCAGAAGUUUUGGAUAGGUGAUUGGUUUGUCUUGUAUCAACUGAGCAAAAACAUCAGUUCCGUGGAUUUCAGUGAUCUUGUAUCAGGUUUGACUAAUAAGUUUGAGGAAAAGGAUAAUGUAUAAAUGUAACUCAAUAACCUAAAACAUUUUCAAUUUUAAAUACUUACUAAAUUAAAAAAAAAAAACAAUUUUCAACAAUAAAAAUAUUUCCGGUAAAAAAUUAGCAAAACAAAAAAAAAAUAGUUCUUUUUACUAAAACAUAAAUUAUACAUCAGCUCAUGUAAACAUUUUUAUGGUAGAUAGGUAUUUAAAAUUAAUUUUGAGUUGAAUUUGUUGAAAUACAAGGUAAGAAUGUGUUUUAGGUACGUCAUCAGCUUAAAGAUUUCUACAAUAUUAUCAAUAACCAUUUUGAAUUAUUAAUUUUAUA